AUGAAGGACACUCUGCAAGACGCUCUCGACGAGCUAGUCUCGGCGCGCACAUCUCCUACGAGGACCAGCGAGGUCCUCUCCGCCAUAGAACGUCUGCUGGCAGAGACGCUCGCACGCAAAGAUGAUGAUGAGAGCGCCAAGAAGUUGCAGCUCUUUCUCAAAUUGCAAGAUGCCUUCGAAUGCAAUGUCCCAUCCCGCGUACUCUCGUGGAUGAUUACUACCACUUCCCGCUUGGAGCAAGUCACCAGUGCAAGUAAAGCGUCUCCAGAUCCUCAAAAAAUGACCGAGAUCUAUACCUUGACUUCUCAGCUGAUACAAGCACUAUUCAUCAUCCAAGGUGUGACAUUGGUACAUAAGCCAAGCAAACAAUAUCUUGGCCGUAGAUAUGCCCUUGAUAUACUUUUAGAGCUCCUUCAAACCUCUCGUCAUAUCGCUGCCAUGUCAAUGAUCACCACCGCCACAAGUAGCCAGACUUCACCUCCAACCUCUCCUAAGGCCGAAAAGGAAAAUGCUUACAUCACAAACCCCAACGCGCCAUCUAUGCCUCUCGUUUCUACGGUCCUUGAUACCUUUCUUUGCAUUUUGGUCGAUUCAUCUCCAGCCUUGCGUGUCUUUGAGGAACUCAACGGGGUGCAGUUAGUAGCAAAGUUCUUGAAGAGAUACCAAGCCCCACGGGAAGACAAGAUGAAAUGCCUUGAGUUUCUGUAUUUUUACCUCCUGGAUGAAACAACCACGGUUGCCCCUUCAGGGGAUGGUCCUUCGACACAGCCAUCUUCUACUAACACCAGCCCAGCAAACUCACCACCAACCUCUCCUAGUGACAGAUUUAAACCUUCGCAUCGAUCCAAACUGUCAACGUCGACUACCGGAUCUCGGGAUUCUUCAAGUUCAUCCAUCUUCUCACUCACUUCUGCGGCCUCCACGUCGACGAGCUCGAUAGGCUCUGUACAAAGCGUGUCCAAGUACUCUGGUGACUACUCCUCCCUAUCCUCCAACACAUCCAGGUUACCCUCGGGCAAGACUGGGAUACCGCCCAUUCCGGCACUUGCACCCUCGCCACGCAUCGUGACACCCCCAACGCAUCGAGCACAGUCCCGGUCUUUACUCAUGCUCAGGAAAGAAGUCGAUUAUGUUCCACUUAGCCCUAAGAAAGCGCAGGUAUCGCGGUUGGGCGUCGGCGGAGGUAGAACGAGUUCAUCAUCUAGAGCAAAGGACAAAUGGCGCACCACCACAGACGAACUGUCGUCCGAAGACAUCACCUCGGAAAUUGGGGACGCACCUCAGACACCACGACCAAGCGGCUUGUCUCAUACGCGCGGACACUCUAUCUCGUCCCAAGGGUCUAGUUCUUCAACCUUACGCGCGACUGCAAGCGAAUCGGCAGGAUUCAAGACGCCCGUUGCUCCCCAUCGCGACAGGCAUCGUCGUGCGCAGAGCAGCGCGGACGUCAUGAAGGUGUUGGAUCCGCGUGGUCCCUCUACGAGGGUAGGCUCAGACAUCGGCCUGAAACUGGUGCCGUCGGCUGAGACUUCGAAGAACGGUCCGCGUACUACGGAAGAAAAGAAGGAAAUCCUGCGGUCGAUGCUGGGUAAUGUGGACACGCUUGUGGAGGGCAUGCGGUCGGCAGGGAUUUGGGGACUUGGGUAG